GGAUGCUGCUGGGUUCCUGGAGCGUACCCUGGGCCGGGGGGAGGCAGAGACUCUGGAGGUCCUGCAGUGUGUGUGGGGAGGCGUGGGGGGGGGCAGCGGCCCCAAGGCCGGGAGGACUGUGUUGGGUGGGGCCCGACGCCAGUGGGAGACCAUCUACAACAACAACAUUGCACAUCUGCUGCAUUGCUUGCCCCUCAACGGGUAACAGUAAAUCAAUCUCUGUUACAUGUGAUAGUGUGCUUAUACAUGAUCAAGACCUAUGCCAUAGGUCUAGAUCAUGUAUAAGAAUUCAGUUUAUAUACAGUAACAUUUUCAAUAAUUGGAAACUCUGCAGCUUUAACAUCUGCAGCUGUCCAAUGUAAUGUUUUCCUUGAAAGGCAUAAUGCAAGAAUAUACAGCUAGCUCAAAGCUGGCUUUCCAGCGUUAUUGAACACAACAUGAACAUAUCUUGGGAUAUUUAGUAUUUCACACCCCACUGAUAUGCUAUCCUCAAAAGUGUCUGUUGGGAUCCAUAUAAUCUCCUGUGGCAUGUAGACUGAUGAGAGAGCAACAUUACAUGCUGUCACACCUGGGGGACUCUAGAAUAAUUAGUGCCAACCCAUAUACUCCCACUGUGACCCUCGUCAUAUGGAUUAAGCCUUUACAGGACUCUGACAACUGGACCUGUCUGGCCUAGUCUGAUAAACACUAUCUCCCCUGCUUGAAAUAAUAUGGGUUAAUAAACAUACCUCUGACUGAUUAACUGAUUCCAUUCUACUCGUAUCCUGUUUAAAGCCUUAUUGGUGGGAGGCUGGGUUCGUCUUGAAGAAAUACAUUGCAUUUUUGCUCCAAGUCCCCCGAGAGAAGCCCUUUUGGUAUUGGACUCAUUUAGCAGGAACAUUUGUCAUGGGUUAACAAUGGUCCAGGCCGUGCCUCACAUGCUGACGUUUCUCAAUUUUCUGGGCUAUGAUUCUGUUGAGCAGCUGCAAUACAUCACAUAAAGAUUGUAACGCAUCAAAACAAAGAGAAAAGAUCCCUUUGUGAGUGUAGCUUAUUAUUCUGUAGUGGCUCAAGCCUUAUGGGAGCAGGAGGCUGGGUUUAGAUGUUUUAAAAAUGACUUAAAUCCAUUGUUGUUUUCAGUUAGUUUUUUUGGUUCCUGAUUUUCUUCCCCUGUUCUCUCUUUCUCUUUGAAGCCCAAGUGUUGUAAGCCUGUUGGUAGACUGUUGGGACUGUUGGCUAGAUCAAAGCUGUCAGGUUCCUCUGUUCUUUUUUACUCGGGACAACAAAUGGCGUGAUAAACACACCUGAUAACAACAUUAGUCUGUCUCUCUGUCUGCCUGCAUGGCCACUGGGAAUGUGAUGUUGGUAUGUCAGAUGAUGACUUAGGGAAAGUAUUUGAUUAGACACCCAUUAGAUUAGAAUGUGCUUGUCAUGUAUUUACCAACCAUGAGGAGAAAGGGUAGGAUCCGUUUUUGAAUGUACUCUGUGAUUAUGACCAUAUCAUGUUAUCUUAUUUUCUUGAAAAAAAUCUACCCAUGAUCAUCUAAGUGCAUCAUGUAUUUUUCCAAUGGAUUGGUGUAAACAGUCACAUGUAUCUUUAGCCUCCUCUUGCUUUGAAUACCCUCAUUGUAUUGAUGAGUGCGAGGUAAGAAAAUUCAGGAAUUAUUGCUGUGAUUGAGUUAUGUCAUUUAGAAAUCCCUCUUUGUCUGUCUCUUCUCAGUUGACGAGUUCAGAACUGCCUUUUUGGUCUGGAGCAAAGAGAUGUCCCCCAUCCCUGACCUUCGACCCCAAAAACAUACGUUUUACACAACCUACUAUAUUUUUCUCAGUCACAUACUGCAGUUGCCCUCAUUUGCCUCUCGUAAGGGUCAGCAGAAAUGAUCGAAAUGUCAUUAUCUCGGCAGAUAAGACUCCUCACAUUCUCUCUGGUCGUGUAUUGAAUGGAUUCUUAUCCUAACUGCGAGAACCACUUACCUGCUGCUGCAGACAAAGCAAGGUGGAUGAAAUCACCGUCAUUCACACAUGCACACACAAACACACACACGCACACACACACACACAUGCACCUACACACACCACAUCCCCAAAGCACAGGCACACAAAGGAGCUAUUGAGGUGAAAAGUAUGUUACCAAGGGGUUAAUUAAAAUUGUGUUUUGAGUGUGAACUCUUCACACACACUACUAUUGCCCUGUCCCACCUCUCCUCUCUUAUCUUUUACACUACGCUCAUCUCCUAUCUUGCCUCUUCUGCUCUCCCUCCCUCCUUUCUCCUCUCCUUUCCAAUCCUCUCCUCCUGUCCUCUCCAUUCCUCCUCCUCUCACCUCGUCUUUCUUCACCUAUUCUCUGUUUCUCCUCUUUCUUUCUCUCCUGUUCUCUCCUCUCUGUUCCCCUCCUCUUUCCCGGUAUGAGGGGUUGUCACCUCAGUUGUCCCCAGGUCUGGACCUGCAGCUCUCACAGACAGACAAUGGGAUAACAGCAAUGGUAUUUAGGAAUGCUGCUUAUCAACAGACUCAAUGCACAUACUAGCUAUUAUCUUGUCCAGUGAUUUUUUUUUGACAUGUAGAAAGUGUGCAUAGAAAAUAGAUGCAACAAUUGCUGCUACGGUGCGUUUCCAUUGAACUGUCUUGAGCUGAUAAAAACUAUUGGAUGUAAUGAAGGUACACCCAAAAUAAAAAUUCAUUUUCGCCAAAACCUAGAAAGUCAAAUACAAAUUUAGUGAUUAAAGUGUUUCCAUUAACCAUUUAGGCAAAUUGCUAAUUAACAAAUUGGCGACAGCCUGUAUGCCCUCCCACCCAUCUGUUUCAUGUCUCAGGUAGCCCGCAAAAGCCAGCAUGGAUAGAAUGCAAUAAUUGACUAAUAUUUGCCAUAUUCUAAUAAUUCUCAUGUGCACUCCUGUAGUUCUGAAAUAAUUGUUGAAACUUGCAUCCAGCCAACCAGAACAGCAAGGCGAAGGAAUUCAGGCAUUCUUGAAAGUCAGGACAAUCCUUGUCCUGCAAAGAAACAUUUAGCAAGCAGUAGGCAUUUAGAAUUAAGUGUGGAUUGGAGCUUUAGAGUUACGUGAUGACAUCACGUGUACAGCAUACCAUUAUUUGACAAUCAUAAUUUAUUUAAAAAACACAAUUUUCAUCGUAAUUUCAUUACCUUGAGACUGUAAGGUUUUAUUUCCACAAAGCAUAGUUCUGAGAUAUUGAGUGUCAAAGUUUUCACAUCCCAGCUCUCAGAACUGUUUUGUAGUGAAUUCUUCUUCAUAACCCAUUACGUACCUCAACUAAAGUGUAGAUAUCAAAAUCCUGAAACAUUAGUAAAUCAGUUUUUCUAGAAGGGUGCAAUCACAGAUAGAUAGAAGGUUCAAUCUGACACUUCUGAAUUAGACAUUUUCAGCUUUUAAUAAAACUGUAGCAUAAAUUAUGGAAUAACCAUUAUUUUACCAAGAUAGUCAGAACACAUCAUAAAAUACAUUAAGAAAUGUAUUAUAAUGAUCAGACAAAUUACUGUCACUACUGAGCAACGAUGUGACAACAUCAUUUACUUUAAGAUUUCUGACAGUGUUGUUUUUUGCUUGCGUGCCAUUAUUGCUGGCUAGACUAGCCUAGACCAUACUUAGAGGGAGAUGACAAAGAUAUGUGUUCUGAUUGGUCCGUCUGUGUUUGUUCAGGCUUGUGAUUGGACUGCAGAUCGAAUUUUAUAGCGCCAAGUUCAAAUGGGUUUCUGCAUUUUAAGUUACAUUUUUUUUAAUGUAGCUUCACAGACAUACAGUGAGGGAAAAAAGUAUUUGAUCCCCUGCUGAUUUUGUACGUUCGCCCACUGACAAAGACAUGAUCAGUCUAUAAUUUUAAUGGUAGGUUUAUUUGAACAGUGAGAGACAGAAUAACAACAACAAAAUCCAGAAAAACGCAUGUCAAAAAUGAUAUAAAUUGAUUUGCAUUUUAAUGAGGGAAAUAAGUAUUUGACCCCUCUGCAAAACAUGACUUAGUACUUGGUGGCAAAACCCUUGUUGGCAAUCACAGAGGUCAGACGUUUCUUGUAGUUGGCCACCAGGUUUGCACACAUCUCAGGAGGGAUUUUGUCCCACUCCUCUUUGCAGAUCUUCUCCAAGUCAUUAAGGUUUCGAGGCUGACGUUUGGCAACUCGAACCUUCAGCUCCCUCCACAGAUUUUCUAUGGGAUUAAGGUCUGGAGACUGGCUAGGCCACUCCAGGACCUUAAUGUGCUUCUUCUUGAGCCACUCCUUUGUUGCCUUGGCCGUGUGUUUUGGGUCACUGUCAUGCUGGAAUACCCAUCCACGACCCAUUUUCAAUGCCCUGGCUGAGGGAAGGAGGUUCUCACCCAAGAUUUGACGGUACAUGGCCCCGUCCAUCGUCCCUUUGAUGCGGUGAAGUUGUCGGUGGGGAUGGUGUUCUUGGGGUCAUAGGCAGCAUUCCUCCUCCUCCAAACACGGCGAGUUGAGUUGAUGCCAAAGAGCUCGAUUUUGGUCUCAUCUGACCACAACACUUUCACCCAGUUCUCCUCUGAAUCAUUCAGAUGUUCAUUGGCAAACUUCAGACGGGCCUGUAUAUGUGCUUUCUUGAGCAGGAGGACCUUGCGGCGCUGCAGGAUUUCAGUCCUUCAUGGCGUAGUGUGUUACCAAUUGUUUUCAUGGUGACUAUGGUCCCAGCUGCCUUAAGAUCAUUGACAAGAUCCUCCCGUGUAGUUCUGGGCUGAUUCCUCACCGUUCUCAUGAUCAUUGCAACUCCACGAGGUGAGAUCUUGCAUGGAGCCCCAGGCCGAGGGAGAUUGACAGUUAUUUUUUGUUUCUUCCAUUUGCAAAUAAUCGCAUCAACUGUUGUCACCUACUCACCAAGCUGCUUGCCGAUGGUCUUGUAGCCCAUUCCAGCCUUGUGUAGGUCUACAAUCUUGUCCCUGACAUCCUUGGAGAGCUCUUUGGUCUUGGCCAUGGUGGAGAGUUUGGAAUCUGAUUUAUUGCUUCUGUGGACAGGUGUCUUUUAUACAGGUAACAAGCUGAGAUUAGGAGCACUCCCUUUAAGAGUGUGCUCCUAAUCUCAGCUCGUUACCUGUAUAAAAGACAACUGGGAGCCAGAAAUCUUUCUAAUUGAGAGGGGGUCAAAUAGUUAUUUCCCUCAUUAAAAUGCAAAUCAAUUUAUAACAUUUUUGACAUGCGUUUUUCUGGAUUUUGUUGUUGUUAUUCUGUCUCUCACUGUUCAAAUAAACCUACCAUUAAUUAUAGACUGAUAAUUUCUUUGUCAGUGGGCAAACGUACAAAAUCAGCAGGGGAUCAAAUACUUUUUCCCUCACUGUAUGUAGAACCAUCUAAAGAUCAAUUAUAUGUGAUUAACUCAUUUUUAACAAAAAUGUCAGAUAUAACCUUCUAGUCACAAGGUCUCGAUUUGCCGCAAUAAAGAAAGAUCAGCAAAAGAAAAUCCACCCCUGUCGACCAGAUACAAAUGCUCUAGAGCUUUAGAACAUAUCUCCUAUAGCUGCCUUUUCCAUUACACACGUCGCAAUUGCUUUUGUCUAAUAAACCUGGGUCAAUGGGAACCAGUCUACUGACUGCUUCUAAAGCUUAGAGCCUAUUCAUGGCCUGUUAACUGCCAUUUAAUAUCAGUUGUAAGUCAAUGGAAACACCCAAUGAAUCUUUCAUAAUCCUCUGAUGUAUUCAAUAGCAGACAUGACUUUUGAAAUCUACAUGAAGAAUCACAAGGGUUUGGUUGGUUACCGAUGGGAGUUUUUAAACUGAUGUAAAUAUUAUUGUUUUCUGACUUGUAAGUUCAGAAGGUUUUUUCCUUUGGUCACUAACGGGUGACUCUGCUCCUAGCUCAUUCAGCCCAUUCAUCAUGUGGUUGCCAUAUUCCAUGAGGAACAUCCUGUCCGAUGUGAACAUUUUCCACAACCUUUGCUCCUGGCAACUGUGCAACUGGCAGGAAAUGAUAAAAAAUUACUAGUGGAUUUUGUUUGAGUUAGCAUAUGUGUAACAUAAGUAUGUAUUCUAACUCAGCAGGUCUGGUUCUGAAUGUUGAGGUGGGAGGGCCAUUAACAGUUUGUGCUAUCUUGUCAUGUAUUGUAGUCCAUCCAUAUAGACUGUGUGGUGGCAGCAGCCAACCUUUAUGGGCCGAUCUAUGGGAUUGUGGGUACACAAUCUCUGCCAUUAAGAGCGUCCUAGAGAGGGUCAAUGUACAGUUGAAGUCGGAAGUUUUACAUACACCUUAGCCAAAUACAUUUAAACUCAGUUUUUCACAAUUCCUGACAUUUAAUCCUAGUAAAAAUUCACUGUCUUAGUUCAGUUAGGAUCACCAAUUUAUUUUAAGAAUGUGAAAUGUCAGAAUAAUAGUUUUUUUAUUUCUUUCAUCACAUUCCCAGUGGGUCAGAAGUUGACAUACACUUAACUUCCUGACUGAUAUCUUGAGAUGUUGCUUCAAAAUAUCCACAUAAUUUCCCUUCCUCAUGAUGCCAUCUAUUUUGUGAAGUGCACCAGUCCCUCCUGCAGCAAAGCACCCCCACAGCAUGAUGCUGCCACCCCCGUGCUUCACGGUUGGAUGGUGUUCUUCGGCUUGCAAGCCACCCCCUUUUUCCUCCAAACAUAACGAUGGUCAUUAUGGCCAAACAGUUCUAUUUUUGUUUCAUCAGACCAGAGGACAUUUCUCCAAUAAGUACGAUCUUUGUCCCCAUGUGCAGUUGCAAACCGUAGUCUUGCUUUUUUAUGGUGGUUUUGGAGCAGUAGCUUCUUCCUUGCUGAGCAGCCUUUCAGGUUAUGUCGAUAUAGGACUUGUUUUACUGUGGAUAUAGAUACUUUUGUACCUGUUUCCUCCAGCAUCUUCACAAGGUCCUUUUGCUGUUGUUCUGGGAUUGAUUUGCACUUUUCACACCAAAGUACGUUCAUCUCUAGGAGACAGAAUGCGUCUCCUUCCUGAGCGGUAUGACGGCUGCAUGGUCCCAUGUGUCACGAUCGUCUUCCAAAGGAGUAGACCAAUACGCAGCGCGUUGCACGAACAUGAUGAUUUAUUAAUAUAAGCGUAACACGAAAACAACAAAACAAAUGACGAUACGUGAAGUCCACAAUGACUGACAAGGAACAAAAACCCACAACACUAAGGUGAACACUGACAGUUUAAAUAUGGCUCCCAAUCAGAGAUAACGAGCCGACAGCUGACACUCGUUACCACUGAUUGGGAGUCACACGACCAAACAAGGAAACACAACCAAAUACAACACAAAUGAACACACCCUGGCUCAAAAUACACAGUCCCGGAGCCAGAGCGUGACAGUACCCCCCCCUAAAGGCGCGGACUCCGACCGCGCCUACACCCCAAAUAGGGAAGGGCUGGGUGGGUAUUGCUCCUCGGAGGCGGCUCCGGCUCCGGGCUUGACCACCACCCUACUACAAUCCCCCCGUAGUGCCCCCAGUCCGAUCUGACCCAGUUAGCUGGAUCAGGACUGCCGACGCGCACCCCUGGCUUGGCGCGUGAGGCAGGAAUGGACCAGACCUGGCAGACGAUACGCACCCUUUGCAUGGUGCGUGGAGCCGGAACAGGCCUCACCAGGCUGAAGACUCGCAUCCCUGGCUUGGUGCGAGUAGCAGGAAUGGGCUGAAUCCGGCUGACGACUCGCACCCUUGGCUUGGUGCGAGUAGCAGGAAUGGGCUGAAUCCGGCUGACAACUCGCACCCUUGGCUUGGUGCGAGUAGCAGGAAUGGGCUGAAUCCGGCUGACGACUCGCACCCUUGACUUGGUGCGAGUGGCAGGAACAGGCAGAAUCCGGCUGACGACUCGCACCCUUGGCUUGGUGCGAGUAGCAGGAACGGGCUGGACCAGGCUGGCGACUCGCACCCCUGGUUUGGUGCGAGUGGCAGGAACAGGCCGGACAGGGCUGACGAAACGCACCAUAGACUUGGUGCGGAGAGCAGGCACGGGUCUGACAGGGCUGGCGACGCGCACCACAGACCUGGCGCGGAGAGCAGGAACGGGCCGGACAGGGCUGACGACGCACACCACUGGCUUGGUGCGGGGAGCUUGGAUGGGCCGGACUGUACUGGGGACACACACCACUGGCCCUACACCGGGAUCUGGAACGGGCCGGACCGGACUGGCAACACACGCCAGUACCUCUCGCCGUGCCUCUACUUCCUCCAUCCCCUCUUCGACCAGUGGCCCCCGUAACCCGACGGCCUCCUCCGGCAACCCACUGGACCGCUCUAUCGCGGCCUCCUGCUGGUCCGACGUCGUGAGCCCCCCCCUAAAAAUUUUCUGGGGUUCUCUCCUCUUCGUGGACCAGGCCUCCAUCGUUCUCGCCAGACUAUCACCCCACUGCUCCAAAGUCCAACCUCUCUCCUCCUCUCUUGGCUUGGCCCAGUCGAGACUCCUACUCAACUGCUCCCAAGUCCAUCCUCUCUCUUCUUCAUGCUGCUUGAUCUGGUUAAGGUGGGUUUUUCUGUCACGAUCGUCUUCCAAAGGAGUAGACCAAUACGCAGCGCGUUGCACGAACAUGAUGAUUUAUUAAUAUAAGCGUAACACGAAAACAACAAAACAAAUGACGAUACGUGAAGUCCACAAUGACUGACAAGGAACAAAAACCCACAACACUAAGGUGAACACUGACAGUUUAAAUAUGGCUCCCAAUCAGAGAUAACGAGCCGACAGCUGACACUCGUUACCACUGAUUGGGAGUCACACGACCAAACAAGGAAACACAACCAAAUACAACACAAAUGAACACACCCUGGCUCAAAAUACACAGUCCCGGAGCCAGAGCGUGACACCAUGGUGUUUAUACUUGCGUACUAUUGUUUGUACAGAUGAACGUGGUACCUUCAGGCGUUUGGAAAUUGCUCCCAAGGAUGAACCAGACUUGUAGAGGUCUACAAUUAUUUUUCUGAGGUCUUGGCUGAUUUCUUUUGAUUUUCCCAUGAAGUCAAGCAAAGAGGCACUGCGUUUGAAGGUAGGCCUUGAAAUACAUCCACAGGUACACCUCCAAUUGAUUCAAAUGAUGUCAAUUAGCCUAUCAGAAGCUUCUAAAGCCAUGACAUCAUUUUCUGGAAUUUUCCAAGCUGUUUAAAGGCACAGUCAACUUAGUGUAUGUAAAAUUCUGACCCACUAGAAUUGUGAUACAGUGAAUUAAAAGUGAAAUAAUCUGUCUGUAAACAAUUGUUGGAGAAAUGUCCUAACUGACUUGCCAAAACUAUAGUUUGUUAACAAGAAAUUUGUGGAGUGGUUGAAAAACUAGUUAUAAUGACUCCAACCUAAGUGUAUGUAAACUUCCGACUUCAACUGUACCUGCCUUCACCCCCAAAUCUACUGUCAAGAUCCACCUCACUGACAAGGAGAUGGAGGAGGAGAGGGAGAGUGGAGGUUGGGGUGAGUAAACUGUCCUUCACACACUGAACAAAAAUAUUAACGCAACAUGCAACAAUUUAAAAGUUACAGUUCAUAUAAAUAAAUCAGUCAAUUAAAAUAAAUUCAUUAGGCCCUAAUCUAUGGAUGCAUCUGUUGGACACAGAUACCGUAAAAAAAAAAAGUAGGGGUGUGGAUCAGAAAACAAGUCAGUAUCUGUUGUGCCCACUAUUUGCCUCAUGCAGUGCGACACAUCUCCUUCGCAUAAGGUUGACCAAGCUGUUGAUUGUGGCCUGUGGAAUGUUGUCCCACUCCUCUUCAAUGGCUGUGCGAAGUUGCUGGAUAUUGGCAGUAACUGGAACACGCUGUCAUACACGUCAAUCCAGAUCAUCCCAAAAAUGCUCAAUGGUUGACGUCUGGUGAGUAUGCAGGCCAUGGAAGAACUGGGACAUUUACAGUUUCCAGGAAUUGUGUACAGAUCCUUGCGACAUGGGGCUGUGCAUUAUCAUGUUGAAACAUGAGGUGAUGGGGGCGGAUGAAUGACACGACAAUGGGCCUCAGGUUCUUGUCAAGGUAUCUCUGUGCAUUCAAAUUGCCAUAGAUGAAAUGCAAUUGUGUUCAUUGUCUGUAGCUUAUGCCUGCCCAUACCAUAACCCCAUGGUGCACUCUGUUCACAAAGUUGACAUCAGCAAACCGCUCGCUCACACGACGCCAUAACACUGUCUGCCAUCUACCCGGUACAGUUGAAACUGGGAUUCAUCCAUGAAGAGAACACUUCUCUAGCGUGCCAGUGGCCAUCGAAGGUGAGCAUUUGCCCACCAAAGUCAGUUAAGACACCGGACUGCAGUCAGGUCAAGACCCUAGUGAGGACGACGAGCACGCAUUUGAGCUUCCCUGAGAUGGUUUCUGACAGUUUGUGCAGAAAUUCUUUGGUUGUGCAAAACGGCUUUAUUUAGGCUUUUUUGCAGACAGAAAUACUCCUCAAUUUCAUCAGAUGUCCGGGUGGCUGGUCUCAGACCAUCCUGCAGGUGAAGAAGCUAGAUGUGGUGGUCCUGGGCUGGCGUGGUUACACGUGGUCUGCGGUUGUGAGGUCGGUUUGACGUACUGCCAAAUUCUCUAAAAUGACGUUGGAGGCAGCUUAUGGUAGAUAAAUUAGCAUUCAAUUAUCUGGCAACAGCUCUGGUGGACAUUCCUGCAGUCAGCAUGCCAAUUGCACGCUCCCUCAAAACUUGAGACAUCUGUGGCAUUAUGUUGUGUUACAAAACUGCACAUUUUAGAGUGGCCUUUUAUUGUCCCCAGCACAAGGUGCACCUGUUUAAUGAUCAUGCUGUUUAAUCAGCUUCUUGAUAUGCCACACCUGUCAAGUAGAUGGAUUAUCUUGAGAAAGGCUCACUAACAGGGAUGUAAGCAAAUUUCGCUUAUAUGUAACUCACUUUUCCAUUUGACCAGAUACAUGGCGACUGGAUGAGUUGCAGAAGAAGCUGUCCUCUCCUCCAGUGAACAGCUCAGCCCUGCAGAUGCACCCCAUUGACUUUGAGAAGGUAAUAAAACCACAGUGUCAUGCUUGGCAUAUCUCCACUGCUCACGCUGCAUA